CUGCAGACAGCCGGGGUAGGGACCUAGUGGAGGCCUGGGGGUAAAUGAGGUCUCCCUCUCAGGAUGCGGGUCCCCCGGCCUCAGCCCUGGGGGCUCUGUCUCCUGCUGGUCCUCCUGCCCGGGACCCUGCGCGCAGAGAGCCAUCGCUCCCUCAUGUACCACUUCACCGCCGUGUCCUCCCCGGCCCAGGGGACCCCCGCCUUCUGGGUGUCGGGCUGGGUGGGGCCUCUGCAGUACCUGAAAUACAACAGCCUGCGGGAGGAGGCCGACCCCUGCGCCUCGUGGGUCUGGGAAAACCAGGCGUCCUGGUACUGGGAGAAGGAGACGGCGGACAUGAAGCGCCAGCAGCAGCUCUUCCUGGACGCUUUCACCGUCCUGGAGCGAGAGGUUUCCUACGUCCUGCAGGGACUGCUGGGCUGUGAGUUGGGCCUUGACAACACCUCAGUGCCCGUGGCCACGUUCGCCCUGAAUGGCGAGGAGUUCAUGAGUUUCGACCCCACGACGGGCGUCUGGGAUGGAGACUGGCCUGAGGCUCUGGCCAUCAGCAAGAAGUGGAUGCAGCAGCCAGAGGCUGCGCACCAGGAGACAGACUUCCUGCUGGUCUCCUGCCCCCAGCGCCUGCGGAGCCACCUGGAGAUGGGCCGCACAAACCUGGAGUGGAAGGAGCCACCUUCCAUGCGCCUGAAGGCCCGACCAGGCAGCCCGGGCUUUUCUGUGCUCACCUGCAGUGCCUUCUCCUUCUACCCCCCGGAGUUACAACUGCGAUUCCUGAGGAAUGGGCUAGCCGUGGGCUCCGGUGAGAGCGACUUUGGCCCCAAUGGCGACGGCUCCUUCCAUGCCUGGUCGACACUAACAGUCAAAAGUGGCGACGAGCAUCACUACCGCUGUGUGGUGCAGCAUGCGGGGCUGCCGCAGCCUCUCAUCGUGGAACUGGAUUCAUCAGCCACGUCUUUGGUGCCAGUGAUUGGAAUCGUCAUCGGCCUCUUACUGCUCACGGCCGUGGCUGUAGGAGGAGCUCUGCUGUGGAGGAGGAGGAAGGGGCUACCAGCCCCUUGGAUCUCUCUCCGUGGGGACGAUGUAGGGUCCCUCCUGCCCACUCCUUGCCUGUCCAAGGAUGCUGACUCCUAGGAUAUGAAAGCAUUCUUAGCAACUGCCUGGUCUUCCCCAUCCUGGCUGCCACCAGCUAAUGCAGUCAGGUCCCUUUCAUGCUGUGAGACUUCCUGGAAUCCUGGUAUUUCUGAGCCUCCGGAAGGAGUCCUGGGCCCGAUGUCCUCCCUCUGGAUUUUUCCUCCUGUGAUCUGCCUCAUUUCCCCCUCCUAAAAUAUAUGGCUCUUUUCCACCUCCACAUAUAACAUAAGUUUUGGCCCAAGUCAUUGUGUUCUCAUCAUUUCAACUUUUUCAGUGGGGGAGGUAAGGGAAUGGGGGGGGGGAUAAUGGUGUAAGCCCCGGGCUUCAAAUCUCUCCUGAGGCUAGCACGUUGCCAUGUGGAAUUUGCCCCUUUAUGUACCAAGUCAUAUAUUCUUCUUUCAUAAAUUUCACAAAUAUUUACUGAAUGCCUA